AUGCCGAGCUCAAAGAAGAACAAAGCUUCAGACUCGUCCAAGAAUCUCCAGAUGGUGAUCAGCGACGGCAAGGGCGAGGCCGCGGCCAGCGCCGUGACCGGGAGCGCAAUCGCCGCGUCGUACAACGACCAGAUACGGCCGCUUCUCGACGCUGUGGACCGCCUGCGCCACCUCAAGGUGACGCAGGAGGGCAUCCAGCUCCCGACGAUCGUGGUUGUCGGCGACCAGUCCAGCGGCAAGUCGAGCGUCCUUGAGUCCCUGGCCGGCAUCAGCCUCCCUCGCGGCCAGGGCAUCUGCACCCGCGUGCCGCUCGUCAUGCGGCUCCAGGACGACCCCUCCGCCGACUCGCCGGUGCUGCAGCUUGAGCACAUCAACGGCCGCGUGGUGACCACCACGGAGGCCAAUGUCGCGGACGCCAUCAACACCGCCACCGCGGAGAUAGCCGGGUCGGGCAAGGGGAUCUCCGACGCGCCCAUCACCCUCGUCGUGCGCAAGCGGGGCGUGCCCGACCUCACCCUCGUCGACCUCCCCGGCAUCACGCGCGUGCCGGUCAAAGGGCAGCCCGACGACAUCUACGACCAGAUCGCCAAGAUCAUCAAGGACUACAUCUCGCCGAAAGAGAGCAUUAUCUUGAACGUGCUCUCUGCCACGGUCGACUUCCCGACGUGCGAGUCCAUCCGCAUGUCGCAGCAGGUGGACCGCACUGGUGAGCGCACGCUUGCAGUGGUCACCAAGGUGGACAAGUCCCCCGAGGGCCUGCUCGAGAAGGUCACCAUGGACGACGUCAACAUUGGCCUCGGGUACGUCUGUGUCCGCAACCGCAUCGGGGACGAGACCUAUGACCAGGCUCGUGUAGAGGAGGAGAAGCUGUUCAAGUACCACCAUCUGCUGUCCAAGAUCGAGAAGUCCAUGGUGGGCAUUCCUGUGCUUGCGCAGCGACUCAUGCAGAUUCAGGCGACCAUCAUCGCCAAGUGCCUCCCGGGCAUCGUCAAGCAGAUCAACGACCGCCUUAGCCGGAGCAGCACCGAGCUCAACCAGAUGCCGCCUGAUCUUGUUAGCGUCGCUGACGCGGUGAGAGAGUUUAUUCGUAUUGUCAAGCAGGUGUGCUCUUCCCUGGAGAAGAUACUGGUGAGGGGCGAGUUCGAUGAGUUCCCUGAUGACUGCCAUUUCCACGGCACGGCCCGUAUCGCGGAGAUGCUCAAUGCAUACGCAAAGAAGCUGCCUGUAGAAGUCCCAGGGCGUGGCGGCCUGUUCCUGAUGGAGGAGGUGAGAGUUCUGGAGGAGACCAAGGGCGUCAACCUCCCCAACUUCCUGCCAAGAUCGGCGUUCCAGGUCCUGCGCAAGAAGAAGGUGGAGACCGUCAUGCAGAUACCGCACGAUCUUGUCAAUGAGGUGUGGGAGUAUGUGGAGGACUUGGUGUCAAAGGUAGUUCUGCAGCAUGCCGACAACUUCCCUCAGGUGCAGUCAUCCUGCCGCCGUGCAGUCCAGAUGCUGAUGGAGAAGGCGCGUGCGCGAUCCGCGCAGCACAUUGAGGAGCUGAUGGAGAUGGAGCUGGUAGCUGAUUUCACGGCUAAUCCUGAAUACAUGAAGACUUGGUACGAGAUCAUGGAAAGUCAUGAGAAGUUUAUGGACGCUGUGGUGGACACCUCCAAGUCCACCCUUCUUAACCUGGUAGGCUUUGGAGAAGUGGACGUGUCGCAUCUGAGGGUGAAUUCUGAGUUGGCAGGGCAGGCGUUUGACCUGAGCGCGCGCGUGACCGCCUACUGGAAGAUCAUCGUGCUCCGGCUCAUCGACGGCCUGGCGCUGCACGUCCUUCGUGGCGUCAAGCGGCUCGUGGAGAGUGAGCUCGAGAGGGAACUGUCUGACGAGCUUUUGGGUAACAAGCUGGCAGGGGUGGAGCGGAUGCUCAUGCCGUCGCCUGGCAGUGGCACCAAGCGUGAGCGCCUCAAGAAGAGCAUCGUGCUGCUUCGGCAGUCCAAGGAGGUCGUGGCCAACAUCAUGGACAGGAUCAGUGCGUCGGGUGAAAUCUAG